AUGUUCUCCCCGUAUUCGGAAGAAUUCGAGGUCCCCGAAUCGACGCUUCGACCAUGCGAUUUUGACCUUUCUCCCCCGACUUCAAAGCGAAUCAAGACGUCGGCUACGACGAGCGCCCCGCCGCAUUUACUCGCCCAACAACAGAUUCACCCCUUUCAUCGCGUUCCAACCUUUGAGGGAAUCCCAAUCCCCAGCGCUCCAUUACCGACACAACAAAAUCCCGGGUAUUCGCGCAAACGUCCCUCUUCUCCCGCGACAGGAUCAGUCAUGAUGGCAUCGCCUGUCAACCCCGGAGUUGGUGCGAUCGACGAUCCCAGCGCGCUUCCCACAGUAGAGUCUACGCCUAAGAAGAAGGGGCGGACAAAUACGCCAUGGACCGCGGAAGAGGAACAACGACUUAAGACAAUGCGCGACGCCGGUCGCAGCUGGAGUGAAAUCGCCAAGGACAUGCACUAUGCCGAAUUCGCCGAAGACGAGUCGGUGAAGCUUCGCGAGGCAAUCAAGGAGUACGAAGCGAACAAGUGGAAGGUAAUCGGGCAGAAAGUCGGCAAGCCUGCUAAAGCCUGCGAACAAUAUGCCAAAGAGCAUUUCAAGAAUGUCUGA